AGUCAUUCUGGAAAAUCUCUCGAGUAAUCAGUGCAGUGAUAAUUCAUACUGUUCUUUGUUUGGGAAUUGCUUAAAAACUUAACAAAAAUGAGUUCGCAAGGAUUAGAAAAAUAUAUCAUGAAAUAUAAUUUUGCUUACUGUGGUGAAUCGUCCAAAUAUCAAAUAAUUAGUAAAGUUGGUCAAGGUACCUUUGGAGAAGUGUUCAAGGCUAGAGACACCACUUAUGCAACAAUUGUUGCUAUGAAGAAAAUCAUCAUUGAGAAUCAAACAGAAGGGUUCCCUAUCACGGCGUUAAGGGAAAUACGGAUCUUUCAGUCACUCAAACAUGAAAAUGUGGUAAAACUAAUUGAGGUUUGUCACACCAAAGGCACACAAUCCACGCGCUAUCUUCCCACAUAUUAUCUCGUACUUGAGUACUGUGAUUAUGAUCUUGCUAAGUUGAUCUCCAAUACUAAGUUAACAUUUCGUUUAAGUGAUAUCAAAACAAUAGUGCAACAAUUAUUAAAUGGAUUAUAUUACAUUCAUAGUAAUAAUAUUUUACACAGAGAUAUAAAACCAGCAAACAUUCUAAUAACUAAAAAUGGUGUUCUAAAAUUAGCUGAUUUUGGUUUGUCAAGAGCGUUCAGUGCAAAUCAAUCUGACAAAGAAAAUCGCUAUACCAAUCGUGUAGUUACACUUUGGUACAGGCCACCAGAGUUACUUCUAGGAGAUAGAAAUUACGGACCUCCCAUUGAUUUGUGGGGUGCGGGGUGUAUAAUGGCUGAAAUGUGGACCAAAUCUCCGAUUAUGCAAGGUAACUCUGAACAACAACAGCUUACAUUGAUAUCGAAAUUCUGCGGUUUAAUUACAACAGAAGUAUGGCCAAGUGUUAAAAGUCUUGAUUUAUUUAAUAAAACUUGGAGGCUGCCGAUUUUUUAG